CAAAAUAGCUUUAAUGUCACACCAAUUAAAUCUGAGUCAGGCGGUGCUUAUAGUACGCCCGUAAAGCAAAUACGAAGUAGCAGCGAUUUGCGAGAGAGUAGUGCUAGCGUCACACCAAUACGUUCUGUUAAUAACAACUAUAGGGAAAGUCAAGAACAAAUGAUACUUACUAAAGAUGAAGUCAAAAAUUUUCGUGAUUAUCUUAUUUCUCAAAGAAAUGCAGGUGAAGGACUAUACGGCAACUUAAUUUAUAGACUUUAUCCAGGAUUGCAUGAUCAUUCAUGGAAUUAUCUACGAGCAUAUGCUAUAAAGCAUAUUAUUCCAACAUUGUCUGGUGAUACAAACAAAGAUGGUUUUGAACUCAAACAAUUAAAAAUGAUAUACAAUAAGCCUGUUGCCAAUUCGAGUGAUGGUAUUUAUGAAGAUGAUCAUUAUAGAAUUAAUAUCGAUCAGAUCCAAGAUGACGAGAAUCCUGAUUCGUCUGAAGAAGAUAGCGAUUCUCAAACUCUAACAGUUGUCGAAGGAAAUUCACCCUUCCUCGAACGAGUUGAAUGUCAUUUUAUGACUAACCAUGAUGCUGGUGAUUAUUAUCCUGCUGGAAGUGCAAAGAUAUCACAAGUAGUGAAUAACUUUAGUCGAUCAAAUCAAGUCACAAAUAAUAUAAACGCCUCAUCAUCUAAUUUUACAACAUUGUUAAAACUCAACGGCAAUAAUAAUGAAUCAUCAGAAAGAGAAAAAAUUACGACUUCUGCGAGUCAAUUCCAGCAAGCCAUUUUACAAAAUAAUAAACAAUUGUCUUCAGGAAAUCAGAUAACCUCUUCAAAUUCAUCAUAUCGACAUCAGAAUCGCAGCAUUGCUUCCUCAUCAAGAUCUAUGCCUUCCAUUUUGUCCAUGAACACAGACAAUGGAGACUCUCUUUUAAAUGAAGAAGCAAUAGAACAACUUUGCGAAUCACCUACUAUUAAUAAUCUAAGUAGACAAUACUCGAGAGAUAGCACUUUGAAUAUUCCACUUGCUACACCACAAAUACAGGCAUUUAAUCAAGUCCCAUCAUCUAAAGCAUUAGGAAAAAGGCCUGCUCCGUCCACAUGCACCACAGAUAAUCACGCUACUGACCACAGUAAUCCAAAGAAGAAACGGAAAUUUUCAUCGAUCAAAAAUUUUGAUUCUUCCGACCUUAAAGAAAUUCCCAGUAGCAAAUAUGGGAGCAGAACAAGAACUUUUCAUUAA